UUUCAAUUUCUUAGAUGUUUUAUUAUAAAUAAUUGAGACUCCUUCGAUUUUAAUAAUUUAGUACAUUGAAAUGGUGUGCAUAGAUUUUUGAUGGAAUUGAGAAAGAAACGAAGAGAAAAAUAAAAAAUUCUUUAUAUGAAGAGGCAUUAAAAUAGGCAGAAGAAUAUAAAGUGAAAGAAGAAUUUAUUCGAUUUACUUUAUGUGAUGUUAAUUCUUAAUCAUAAUUGAUUGAAGCAGCUGUGCCAUCUGAUGUACUGUAUAGUGCAAUAGCAAAAACAUUUAAUUUAGAUAUCUAAUUAGUUAGCAGAAUGUAUGGAGAAAUAGAUUAAAUAAAAAACAUAGAAGAUUUUUUUAAGACCUUGAAUAAAUCAGAAUCAAUCAAAUUCUCAACAUUUUUUAAAAAAUUAUAAGAGAUUUUUGAAUUAUCUGGGGGUGGUUGUGAGGAUUAAAAGGAAAUCAUGGUUUAAGAUUUAUUAAGAUAAUGCUCUUGUCUUUUAGAAGUUCGAUAUUUAAUUCGAUUCUUAAAAGUAAAAUUAAUUUGAAAUUUAUAGAAAAGAAUGAGAAUAGGAUUAAGUACAUAAAGUGUAUAGUCAUUUUUAGAUGAGAAUGAAAGAAAAUAAAUAUUAGGAUUCUAAUCAGGGUAAUAAGAUUUGGUUGUAGGAUUUCCAAUAUAACCAUAAUUGGCAAAAAGUUUUUAAAAGGAAAAAAAGGAUGAUGAAAUAACAAUGGAAAAAAUAAAGAAAAAAUUUUUGAAUGAUGAUCUUUAAGGAUGUUUUUUUGAAUAUAAAUAUGAUGGAGAGAGAUUAUAAGUUCAUUUUACAAAUGGAGAAGUGAAAUUAUUUGGUAGAUCUUUAGAGGAAAAGACCAAGUAAUAUAAAGAAUUAUCAAAAUAACUAAAAGAAUAUUUUAUAAAAAAUAAUUUUGAUGAUGUGAUAUUAGAUUGUGAAAUGAUUUGUUAUAAUAAUGGAUAGAUUUUACCAUUUUAAGAGAUGCAAAAUAAAACAUAUGAGAAUUCAGAAUAGUUAAGUUUGGUAUGUUUUGAUAUUUUGUAUCAUAAAUAGAAAGUUCUAUUUAAUUAGAAUUAUUCUUAGAGAUAAGAAAUUUAUAAGGGAAUGUUAGAACCAAUAACAGAUUAGCGAUAGGUUAUAAGUCACAUAAUAUCAUAUAAAUUUAAAGAUGAAAAUGAAAUGAAGAAUUUUUAUAUAAAGGCGCUUAUAGAUGGAUUGGAAGGAAUAAUGAUAAAAAAAGACACAAUUUAUAGUCCUGGCUCAAGAAAUGAUUGGUUGAAGGUAAAGAAAGAAAAAGAUAUUGAUUUAGUCGUAUUAGGUGGUUAUUAUGGUUAAGGAAAGAGAUAAUAAUGGUUAGGAUCUUUUCUUUUGGGUAUUUAUGAGAAUGGAAGAUUGUAUCCAAUAGCUAAAAUAGGGACAGGAUUUAGUGAUAAAAAAUUAAUAGAAUUAACUUAGAGAUACAUGUCAUAAGAAGUAGGGAGUUGUCCUGAAUAUUUAAUGAAGUUUAAAGAUUAACCUCAUGUAUGGUUUAAAUAAAAUGAAGUUUGGGAAGUAACUUAUGAUUCAGUAUCGGCAUCACCUAUUUAUCCAAUAUAAAAUUAAUAAUUGAAUACAGGAAUAUCAGUAAGAUUUCCUAGAUUUAAAAGAGAGAGACCUGAUAAAACAAUUGAAUAGAGUGGACCAAUAUAAGAUUUGGUGGAUGAGUAUAAUAAAUUAUUGAAGAAGGAAUAGUUUUGA